AUGGCUGUGCCUGUGAGUGCGUUGAUUAAACAGAGAGACGUGCGUGAUAAGUUUCAGGGAUUGGGUGGCGGUGACGCAGAAACCCCCCCCAACGCAGACGGCAGCGCUUUCGACGACUUCAGGAAAAAGCGGAGUAACAAAUACUUCCAAUCG